AGUAAAUACAUGCAGAACGAACAGCUAAACGAAUUUACUCCAGCAGAGCAUAUUCAUCAGAUUCGCUCAUAUUUCGAUAUCAUAGACAAUGCAGUUCAAAUUGGUGACACUAAUAGAAAAUAUUCUGACGCAAAGAUUCCAUCACAACCUGGAACUGCUAAAGAUAACACAUGGGUAACAUUCAAUCUCUCACCUCCUGGUGAAAUAUGUUGGACCUUUACAAUACAUUCAUUACGUA